AUGUACCAACGACCGACGUGUCCGAUGUGCCACAAGGCGUACAAGAACGCGAACACUCUGAAGUCGCACAUCUCCCAGGAUUGCGGAAAACUGAUUCGUACUCUCCUCGCCAUCCUCUCUCGUCCCACCACGACGUCGUGUAGGACGCGCGUCUCUGUAGAUCGUGAGUUUUCCUCGGACGGAGGAUUGUAUGGGGAAACUAGGAAAGCGUUCGCCUGUCCCAACUGCGACAAAUCCUAUACCCUCUACCACAACCUGAAGAGACACCGUAAGAUCGAAUGCGGAAAGGCCAAGACCUUCCACUGUCCCUACUGCCCGCGGUCCUACUACUAUAAGAGCGACCAUCGAAUCCACGUUAUGCGACACGAAAUGAAGCAGUUCAACUAA